AUGACCAGCUUGUUGCGCACUCGAGAGCCUCUGCUGGUCGAUCUGCCUCUUCAGACUCUGCUGCAACCCAGACUACCGCCGUUAGCUCCUCGCAAGACCGAGCCCGAGAAUUCGGACACUUCAGAGGAUGAGGACGUUGAGGACGAUAGCUUCGGUCCCUUCGAGCCGGAUUCACCUCUCGCAGAUGCAUUGCCAUCAGUCCUCACUGGAUUCGAUGGCCUCCUCGAUCAGCAUGACGGCUCAACGCUCGAUAGACCGACUUGGCUCGAACAACUCUCAUCUCGUGUGCUGUCCAUGGAUUGCGUCAUGGGCCUCAGUGGUCGACCGACAGGCAGUCCAACGAACCCUGAUGACCGUGAUGAGGCUCACUAUGGCGAGACACGCGCCGUGUUAGGCUGCGAGAAUGGAUCGCUUUGGAUCUUUGCUGGUUAUGCUUACUCGCAGCAGCAACAGCAGCCGCGCCGGACAAGCAGCGCGACAGCCUCGCCCUCGCAGAAACGUAGACAGAGACCCGUGUCUGGUGCUGGAUGGUCUGCUCUGCUCGCGGAGUCGGCCGAAGAGGAUCAUCUAUCGUCGCCAUCGAGCAAGAAAUCGCCGCCUCUUGGUCAUGCGAGGAAGGUGCCUAUCUCGGCCCGUCACAAUCGCAAAGCGAGCGCCACAGUCUCAGUGUCAGGUCACGAAGUGAGCACGGUGCAUGGACAUGACUCGGCCGACAAGAGGCGAGCCAGCCAAUUACCUGCGAUCGCUGCCUCGAGCGAUGUAUCGCCCGUUACACUCGCAUGCACGCGUAGUCGCGAGGAGACUGACUCUUCUGCGAUCGAGCGUACAACAUCGAAUGCAAGUCUCCUGAGCGCGAGGCCAGAAGGGCCUUGUUCUCCACACUCUGAACAUGACGAUGAGCAAGAAUGGAUUCAAGAAGUCGUACAAGGCGAAGCGACUCAGCAGACCUUGCUCGAGAGGCCCAGUGGAGCUCACCGUCGGUAUUCAGCUUCCCGUUCAGCCAUCCUGUCAGAUGCUAUCGCUUCCUUUGAGGUGCCAUUGCCACUUUCACUCGAGCCUGUCAUAGAAAUCUCUCUUGCGAGCGAUCGGAGACGUUCACCUGCCAUUGUACAAGUAGAGAUCAUCGAAGGCGCAGCUAGUCAUACGGCUUCGGGCUACGAGACAGAGGCAAUGCGAGACAGAAGCAUCGUGUGCAUGACACGCGCGGGCGAUGUAUACCUCUUAUCACUGCUAGACGGGCGCUGCAUCAGCCGUUUCGAGCUCGAAACAGCAGACGCGGAAUCACCUAGUCGGCAUUGGACAGGAUUCCAGAUCAUCAACAUUGUUGGCAAUCCUGUGCUUGUCGCUCACCACGCCGAAUCGCGCUCAAAGCUGCCUCUGAUCAAUUUGCGCUCAUCGAAAUCUGACACCGCUUUGGAAAUACAGCAAGACCUUGUCUGCGCACCACUGAUCUUGACUGUAUCUGGCUCGUACCGUCUCAUCUGUGCUACACAGAAUCACCAGCUGUUGAUGUACUGGUUAUAUGCCGACGAGCAUUCCGUACUCAGGCUUGCGAAUCCACCUCCUGUCGAUUUGACCAUCGCAAGCGUCGUACCUGCCAUCACUAUGCUGAAGGCGAGCCAGGAUGAGCUCAUUAUAGCUCACAAGGACGGGUUUCAGGCGAGUCGGACUGUCUGUCGCUGGGAUGAUGGUCAACUGGUACCCGCUCGUGCCUUCCGCGCCCAGCUGAUACGACAACUCGACGCUUCCCAAGACGGCAACAUAGCUGCGCAGGUUGCAGGCUACUCGAAGCUCCUACGACGCGCUGACGAGACCUAUGCUUAUAUCCCAGCAUCCGAGGCGAUCCUGUCCAGUGCACAAACAGUAUGUCAGGGCUUGAUGCCCGGUAUCCUGGCCCUGCUGGUGUGGCAGAAGACUCGUGCAAGCGCGAAGUUGCGCCUCGUCAGCUGGAAUAGUGACGGGACCUCCAGUACUGCCUCAGAAACAGAGCUAUGGAGCCGCACAUCGCAACAGAUCCGCCGGUUGAGAUGCACAUAUGCUGUACUCGUAUCACGAGAGCGCCUUUGUUCUACCUACAGCAAUGGCGAUGUGCAUCUCAGUCCGAUUGCUCGACCAGACGCUGGCAUCACGUUUCCAAGGGCACUCCGUUCGGGCGCAUCUGCGUUGCUGCUCGUAAAGCGACAGGGCAUAUCAGAAGUCGUGAUUGCUGGAUCAAUGCUUGGACAGGUCGUUGCAUGGACGUGCGAGCCGCCGACAUGCAUCUUUGACCAACGCAUAGGCGCCCUGCCUUGCAUUGGCCUGGUCGCUACAGACGAAGGCGUCACAGCCCGUUUUGCAGAUGGCGUCGAAUCGGAUCUCAGAUGGCAAGGAUCGGACGGCAUGCCUUCGCUUCAGAUGGGAGAUAGAAGGCGCGCGAGCAGUAGCCUAACGUAUCAGCGCCCUGCUCUCAUGCUCCAUCCUUUCCUGGGCACUGCCUCUGUCAACUUGCGCGGGUUCGCGGAUGAGCAAGGCCAAUCUCAGGCUUGGUCUACUCGGCUCUUGCGCCAAAUCCUCCAGACUUAUCUUCGCUCCGUAUCGGAUCGUGUUGCACGCGCCCUGAUCAAGCUCAUGCCUGGUAUGGUAAUGCCAGCCACGAGUAUGUGCUGCAGGACACGAGCUGUGUCAAUGCGCACGCUCGAACGAACAGGAAAACGAAUUUGGUGUCUCUCUGCCGAGAUGACCGCAUACCUUCAGCUUUGCUUUUGCACUCUGUGCUACUUGGUAAUUGAUCGAUCUGAUGUGGCAGAGUUGUCGCAAGUGCUCAGUGAGCACGCGAUGACGCUACACCCUUCUGUCGGCGCAGACUAUAAGCCGCCAUCUCUCUCGGUCCUGGCAGAAUACUGGCUGGAUCAAGACGAUGCUAUCAAUAAGGCUGCUCGGCUGCUGAUGGAUGUUCACAUUGCUGCGCUUCCUCGUGCUGCUCGUAUAGACCUGACGACAUCGCUGCACAUACCCUACAUCAGCAGCGAGCAAUUCGAUGAGGCCGUCCGUCAUUCUGAUUUGCCUCGCUCUGUCCUCGUCCUCGGCCUUGUGGCUGUAGCCGACGCCAGCGUUGUGUCGAAUGGCUCGCUGCGCAAUCUUGCGCAUGCGAUCGCGAUGCUGCUCCGCCAUGCCACACCGCCUUUGCUACAGUCUUUGGCUGUCGAAAUGGCGAUCAGAGGUUUCACGCUCUGGCAGGCUCAUAUUGACGCAGUAGCAAUCGUGCAUGCUCUUGUUCAUCUCGCUAGUGCCAGCAAGGAUCCCGCAUUGGUCGAGAUGCGGAAGGCUGCCCGUCAAGCUAUCCUGCGUAUUGCUCAGCUCAAUACGGCGCUGUUCGUAACGACAAUUGUGAAUGAUCUCAAAAGCUCGGCCUCCGACAUCACCUCGCAGAACGCAGCAAUGCAACUCAUUGCUUUCAUCGUCAGACGAGAGCCAGAGAUCUUGCUGAGCAGUAUUCCGCGGCUGAUCGAAGGCAUCGUCAAGUGCCUCGACCCGUUCUCGAACACAAAGCGAGGCAAUUUCCUACAGUCCGCUACGCUUGUGCUCAGCGACAUUGUGGAUGCCUACGCGGUCGUCGAUUUCUAUCCCGAAGGUCAGAGGCUUGCUGUCGGAUCUGCAGAAGGUGCGGUCAUCGUCUACGAUCUCAAGACAGCGACGCGCCUUCACGUACUCGAGAAUCAUCGUCGGGCGGUGGCCGCUUGCAGCUUCUCGCCCGAUGGCUAUCGACUCGUAUCUGCAUCUCUGCUAGAAGGCAAGGUAGUCGUGUGGAAAAUGGCGUACGGCCUCAUGGGCCUGUUCAGCUUCGGCACGCCCUCGAGGCAAAAUUCGAGCACGAUCAGUGAACCGUACAAGUCCUUCGACUUCAAUAUCCCAGAGCCGAUCAGUCCGGCAAGUAAGCUCGAGGCAAGGCAAGUGGCAACUUUCGAAUGGCCUGCGCCGAGGACAGCGCGCCUAAAGAUCGGACAGAGUACAUUCACCUUUGCUUGCUAG